AUGGAACAUAUACAUUGGAUUGAAAAAUCAAUUGAAUUUCAAAAUCUAAUAGAUGAUCCGACUAUACAUAAACCCACACUUGUUCAAAGUGGUGAUCAACCAUUUAUUGUUGGAGUGAAAAUCAAUGGACAGUUUAUUAUGGCAUCACCAUGUAAAGUACAUAAGGAUCGAUUUAUUCCAAUGGAACAAGAAAUUGUCUUAUCAAGCAAACAUAAAGGUGGUUUAUGGAAAGUAAUAUCGAAAGUAACAUCAGAAAAAGUAGAACGUAUACAUCGUUUAACUACAAAAGAUAUUGAAAGAAUCUAUAGACAAGGUAUUAAAAACCAGCGUAUAACACCUCGUUCAUAUAUUUGUACAAAAGAGAUAGAAGCGUUUGAUCUUAUAUUUCAUCGUAAUGAUCCAACUGUUUUUGAGGGACAACGAAUUGUUCGACAAAUGAAACGUAUCGAAAAAAAUAUUCAAUUUGAAAUAUGUGACGUUGGUGAAAUUCAGUAUACACCAACAGAAAGUGAACGAACAUCACAAGAUUAUGUAACGGUACCAAGAAGCAAAUCACGUCUACUUCUUGCCUUACUUACAGCGACUAAUUAUAAUGAAGAAAAAUUAAUUCGAAAUCGUGUUUUACGUUCAUUAUAUUGUGUAACAAAAAAUGAAUCUGAUCCACGUCAUUUUUUUCUUGAAGUCAAUCAAAAACCAUGUGAUAUACAUCCAAUAGCUUCUGAAGGAUCGUCAGAAUUACGUUGUCUUCAUUCUACACAAAAUCUAUUUAAUUAUAUCUCAAAUCACCAAAAUAAUACUUUUCUUUUUGUUAAAUUACUUCGAGGUAAGAUACCAAUAAAAGCAAUUGAGUCUUACGGUUACAUGUUAUUAAAAAACGUUUUAAUUGGUGAUUUAGUUCCUAUGUGUCGUAUUACAGAUUAUACCAUGUUUCUUGUUAAUCCAGAUCUUCCGGUUAGAGUUAAAUUACCAACAUAUGAAUAUAAAUGGCAUUCAUUAUUUGAUAUUCGUAAAGCUGAACUUAAAUGUAUGCAAUUAUCACUUACAUUAGUUUCUCAAGAUGAAUCAGAAAUCUAUGUUAUAGUUGGAGAUGAAAAAGUUAUGGCGAAUUAUUUUAGCUCAGAUAGUAAUCAACAACAACAAUUAUUUAUUACACAAAGACCAUUAGAUAAAAAUGAAAAAUAUGUUGAUGAAAUUGAAAUUAUGCGUUAUAGUCAAAUGCUGAAGUCUAAGAAUGAAAAUAAUAUUCGCGUACAACUACAAUCAACAAAAAAUUUUUCAAAUGAUAAUAACAUCAUUUCCAAUCAACAAACAAUAAAAUUACCAAAAUCAAUACCACUUCCUCAUUUAACAUCAGAUAAAGUUAAACAAAAUCAUAAUAAGCAAUUAAAAGAAAAUGGUUUGAAAACUAAACGACGUCAUUCAAAAAAAGAUGGAAAACCUGUUCAAGUUAAAGAAUAA